CUUCCAUCUGCUCCGUUUCUUCAUUGUCCUCUCAGCUUUAUCUUUGUUCUCAUCUCAUCUACACACGCAGCUCUUCGUCUAUUACCAUCAACCCCUCGAGCCAAACUACACACUCUACUGUGACACAGUGUGUCCACUCUCCACUCUCGUCCACCAUGGCAAACAACGCUGUGACUGCUGUGUAUAGGUUCGUCAUCGACGACGUUAUAACUAAUGUCCGACGUGAUUUUGAGGAUAUGGGUGUGGAUGAGACCAUUAUGCACGAACUUCAAAGGUCUUGGGAGACUAAGAUUGCCCAGUCCAAGGUCGUGGCCUUCCAGCCUUCGGAAUCUACUGCUCCUGCGGAGCCAUACGAAUUUGAUGAGUAUGAUCAGUCAGCAGCUGCAUCUGCCUCUGCCUCUGUCCCAGCUGUCGCCCCAGGUUUGGCCAGCUAUACCGCCCCACCUCCUCCUCCCGGUUCAUUUAACUAUCGAGUUGAGCAAACGCCAGCAGCCAACCUCGCGAACGUUGCCUCGACAACCCUGCCUGGAGACAACAGCAAUGUAGGCCGUCCUCAGCCGCAUGUCCCGCCUCGAUCUACAUCUGGCGGCAAGAACAUCUCGCUCCCAGGGGGUGGUAGAAACGGCACGACGAAUUCCACCAACAUUCCUCAGACAGAUGGAGCAGCGGAUGUGGCCGAGCUUGAAUUCAUGAGCACUACAGAGCUGGAUGCAUAUGUGGAAAAACGAUUCAUGGAGGCCAGGGAAACAGAGCAAUUGACGGGACAAGCCCCUGGGGAGAUGACCUUUACACUGACGCUCUCUGAGCGGGCUGCACGCAAGGCCAAGAGAGAUGGACUGGAGGGGUUUACGAUUGGACAGGUGGAUGGCGAUCAUGAUGAGGACGAUGAUACAGGAUUGGGAUCGGACCUGGAUGACAGCGAUGGGGAUAUGGAUGAUGAGUCCGAUAACAUUGUACUGUGCCAGUACGACAAGGUGUCGAGGACGAAGAGCAAGUGGAAGUGUGUUCUGAAGGACGGUAUUAUGCUGAUCAAUGGCCGUGACUAUUUGUUCCACAGGGCGAACGGCGAUUUCGAGUGGUGAAAGACGAAGCGAUUCUUUUGCUACUAUUACUACUAUUUUCUUUGCUUGCUUACGGACAAAAACUAUUUGAGAGAAAGAGAGUGUGUGUGAAAACUAGAUCGCCCAUUAUUGUACUAUAGCUUUCUUCAUUUUGCGAACUUUGCAAUUUAUUAAAAAAAGAUGAGUUUGUGAAUGACAUUGUCGUAGUAUUCAACUUGGUG